AUGAUACCCUCUCGCCCGCUGCCAUGCAGCGAAGAGUUUUCCACGCCGGAGGAGUACAUAGAGGCUCUCCUCGACUUCGCCUGGAACACAGACAUAUUCCAAAUCCUCUGCGGAGGCGUCCACAUCCUCGACUUCUUCACUUCGGAUCCGGGCAUUUUUCACUCAGCACUGCCCGACGAAUGGAAAGACUUCUUGUUGUCGAGGUUCUCUCUGAGGAGAGAUUUUACACCACGAGUGCAGAAAUUGCCAGUUCUACCGAGGACCGUCUCCGUAGGAAUGAAGCCCAAGAAGAUCCACGAGGUCGUCAACUUUGCAGACUAUGUUGACUCUCUUUCUGAGGACAUUCGUCAGCAAACUGGAAACGAGAUAUCCCACUUUGUGGACUUUGGCAGCGGUCAGAACUAUCUCGGCAGGGCCCUCGCCAGCGAGCCUUAUAACCGGCAUGUCGUGGCUGUGGAGGGCAGAGACCAUAAUGUCACGGCUGCCAAGGUGUACGAUCUGACGUCCAAACUGGCGAUCCGGCCCAAAAUGAAGAGGAACAAAAAGAUGUGGAACAAGGCUUUAGAAACGCUCACACCCGAGUUGCAAAAGGACAAAGACGCCAUACAGGAAGCUAUUAAGCAGGUCGAGGGGACUGAGGAAUUUGAGUUCCAACCAAUGAACAUCCAGGACGCCGAAUAUGUCGUGGAAGAAGGGAAAGGGGGUGUUCAAUACAUCUCGGGAAGACUGGACAGCGGUGAUCUUUCAGAAGUCAUUGAGAACAUUGAGCGCGAGAAGCUCGAGGAUGGAUCUGAGAAGGACCUCAACCUCAUGGCCGUGUCCAUCCAUUCCUGCGGCAACCUAUCACACUACGGCAUUCGGUCUCUCAUUAUGAAUCCCGACAUACGGGCUGUUGCCAUUGUCGGCUGCUGCUACAACCUCCUGACGGAGAAACUGGGGCCUCCGACUUACAAGCAAGCCUACCUGCGGCCCAGCUUGCAGGCGCUCAACGGCCGGAUUGUGCGCGAAUCCGAGAGGCGAGAUCCACAGGGCUUCCCCAUGAGCCAGAGGUUCUCGACUUACCAAGGAGACGGCAUCCGCCUCAACAUCACGGCCCGCAUGAUGGCCUGCCAAGCAACCCAAAACUGGACCCGGGCCGAGAGCGAGGGCUUCUUCACAAGACACUUCUUCCGCGCCGUUCUGCAGCGGAUCUUCCUCGACCGCGGCGUGGUAAGCCGCGUGUGGCACGACGAUGCCGUCAAGGAGGCCGGCCAAAACGCGGAGCAGGCGAGCCCGUUCAACAUGAGCACAAACCCGGUGGUCAUUGGGUCGCUCCGCAAAGGCUGCUACGCAUCGUUCAAGGCGUACGUGCGCGGGGCCGUGGAGAAGCUGACGACGAGCACCGAGUACAAGCAGUACGCGGACGUGAUGAGGGACAAGAUGGCGGGCAUCACGGAUGCGGAGAUUGAGGCGUACGAGGCCAUGUACCAGCCGCGCAAGAAGGAGCUGUGCGUGAUCUGGUCGCUGAUGGCGCUGAGCGCGGCGGUGGUGGAGUCGCUCAUUGUGGCGGACCGGUGGACGUUUUUAAAGGAGCAUCAUGAUGUUGUCAAGGAUGCGUGGGUUGAGACGGUGUUUGACUAUGGGGAGAGUCCGCGGAAUCUGGUGGUGGUUGGAGUCAAGAAGGAAGAUGCUUGA